AUGCCAACCUUCUCAGUCAUGUAUAAAGGAGCUGUCAUCAUUAGCAGGACACUAAUGGGUCCAUAUGGAGUAGACCGAGCUGUUCAUUCCAUGGAGUUUACAGACUGUGAGAAUGGCCUGGGAAUCAAAGUGAUCGGAGGAGUGAAGGAGCUAACUGGAGAGGAGUUUGGAGUCUACGUCAAACGCAUUUUACCAGGAGGCCUUGCUUCAAGUGAUGGAAACCUGUUGCCAGGGGACCAGAUCCUGGAGGUGAACGGGGACAGUCUAGUAGGAGUCACAAGUGAAAGAGCUGUGGAUAUCCUGAGAGCAGCCUCUGCAACCAAUCACAUGCGCCUUCUCAUAGCCAGAGAUGAGGAAGCAAAGAGAGAGUUCGCUGAGCUGCUGGAGAAAUAUGGAUCCAACGGCAGCACAGGAUCAACACGCAACUCUCCCAUCCAGCAAGGUGGUCGCUACCUGGACAGCACAUCAUCCGGCUCCUCGUCUCGCUCCCAGAGUCCUCUGUUGCUGAGCCCAGCAGGAUCUCAGAACAUGUACAACAACAGUGGGCCCAUGCUGCGCUCCCUCAGUCAUCCAGGUGAAGGAGUGAUCCAGCUCCUCUCAGUGGCGCGCUCCAGCAGUUUCGGCAUCACCAUUGGAGGAGGCUCCAACAAGCCGGAUGGCCCCGCAGUCUUCAUCCAGGAGGUGCUGUCUGGAGGAGACUGUCACCGGGACGGACGUCUGAGGCCUGGAGAUCAGCUCAUUGCCAUUAACAAAGAGUCGUUGAUAGGUGUGACCCACGAGGAGGCCAAGAGCAUGCUGAACAAAGUCAAGUUCAGCCAAGACAGCACAGUGGAGAUCGCCUUCAUCCCAGGUAAAGGACUUUUUCCAAGCAGCACGUCCCUCCACAACGGAGUCCAGCGAGCUGCGGGGAACAGCUACAACUCUGGACGUUUAAAAGUCCACAUCAGAUCACCUGAGAUUUGUACAGAGGAGCCGGCUCCAGUGUCCUCCCCUUCUCCUGACAUCUGCCCACCAGAUAUUCAGAUUUCAGGUUCAUCCAGCCAGAGGUCGCCAACGGAGGCCAAACCGAAGAUAACACUGGACCCUUAUAUACGCCUCAAAUCAGACAAGUUAGACUUGGCCUUGUCUUUCCUCGGGUUGGACAUCACAGAAGAGAAGAGGAAGAAGUUGAGACAGAAUCUGACCACAGACCCACAGGGCACCGUGGCCUAUGGAGACUUUGUAGAGGCGACCCGGAGUGUCUUCCAGGAGAACCUCGAGGAGCUGGGUUUAGGGUCAGGUCCCUUCAUGUUCUCCUAUCAUGAAGCAGCCAGUCUGAUGGACACAUCGGCCUUCCACUCACCUACAUAUGAAUCAGAAUGCAGCUACAGCAGUGAGGAGAUGGAGCAGUUUCAGACAGAGGUGAAGCAACUGCAGACCCAGAUGAAGCAGCUCAAGGUGAUGCUGAAGGACAUGGAGCACAGCAAGAAAACCCUGGAGGAGGAGCUGCAGAAGACGUCAGAGAAAGCGUGUUUGACUGUGGAGGAAAACACCCGUCUGAAGAGUCGCCUGCAGGCAGCUGAGGCUGAGGCAGUGCAGCGGCAGACCAGCAGCGCUGAGCAGGACUACGAGGAGGUGAUCCAGCUGCUGGAGGCUGAGAUCAGAGACCUGAAGAACCAGCUGGCCAGCAAAAGGCAAGCACGAGUGGAAGCCACCAAGGAGGACGUGCUGGAGCUGAACAGGAGGCUGACGACCUUCGACUGUCAGCUGAGGAAGUCUGAGCUGAGCAGGAAACACCUGGAGCUCUCCAACAAGAAACUGCUGGGCUUCGCUCAGAACGUCCACAAAGUGCUGACGACACCAAGCCUGUUUGGAGGAGAGGGCGGGAGCAACAGGUCGUCUCCAGCCACUGACAGCCCUGACACCCCGACACCACUUCCUGAUCCUGCUUUCCAGCUGGCUGUGGAGGCCAAGGAGCUGGUAGAGGGAGUCUGCAGCGUCGCCGCUGAUGGCAAAGCAUCAGAGAGUGCGUCAGAGGCAGCGUCAGUCCCAGAUGUCAGCCCUUAUCAGAUGUGA